AUGAAUUCCAUUGAUCAACAACAACCUCCUAUUAUUUUACACUAUUACAAAGUUCUUCAGAUUGGAUCAGAUAUAUUUGUUGAUACACUUUUAAUUAUAGAAGAAUUGGAGAGAAGGUAUCCUGAACCAUCAUUAUUUCCUAAAAGAAUUGGAUCAGAUAAAACAAAUUUUAUCAUAUCACUAAUUCCUGAGGAUCCAAAUGCACCAGCAAUUUUCAAAUCUCAAGAACUUUUAAAUGACCGAUCUUUAUUGAUGAAUCAGAAAAUUGAACCCAAUAAAUUAAAACCACUUCGACCAUUUAUUAUUGAUGCAUUGAAAUCAAAUUAUGAAUGGAUUGAAUUACAAUUAUCAGAUGAUCGACAAUGGUUUUUGGAUACAAGUACACCAAGUAUUGGUGAUAUUCAUGUUGCAAUGAAUAUUUGGUUUUUAAAUGUUAAUAAAGGUGCCACCAAAGAAUUUGGAGACAUUACUGAAUUGUAUCCUAAAACUCAUCAAUGGUUUGAUAGAUUUAUCAAAUUUAUUAGAGAAAAUCAACAACAUAAAUCUUUAAGAAUUUCUGGUGAGGAAGCAUUGGAAAUUGCUAAAAAUUUUAAACCAUCAUCAUAUUAUAAUAAGAAUAGUAACAAGAAAUUAGGCAAUAAAAAAAUUGGUGAUAAAGUUAGUAUUUCACCUGAUGAUUAUGGUAAAGUACCUGUUAAGGGUACUAUUUUGAAUAUUGGUGACAGAAAUAUUGCUAUAAGACCAAUCGAUGUUGAUAAAACUGGCAUUGAUGUAGUUAUUUGGUUUCCUAUAGCUGGCUAUAAUUAUAACUUGAUGCUACAAAUGAAUUUUACUGGUCAAAAUUGCUAG